AGCAGCAAGCAGUCGAUGCUUAAACCUGAGCCCUCUGCACACCUCCGCACACACACUAACACAAAGAGGAGAGGGAGAGCCAUCUGUCCUCCCAGCACUCAGCCAUGAGUAGCAUCGGAUAUGACCCCUACUACUCCACCUCGUCGUACAGACGCUGGUAUGUUGAGGCUCCCCCCCGGGUGGUGACCAGAGGGAGGACCCACUCUGCCUACUCUUCCCAUGCAACCCCGAUGUCCUCCUCCCGGCUGCAGUACUCCUCUCCUGGCCGGGUGCUGUUCUCCUCUUCAUCACCAGCCUCUUCCCUGGAGCUGGAACUCAGCCAAGCGGCCCAGAUCAGCUCUGAGUUUCGAGCCGUACGCACACAAGAGCGCAGCCAGCUGCAGGAUCUCAACGAUCGCUUUGCCGGCUUCAUCGAGAGAGUGCGUGAGUUGGAGCAGCAGAAUCGUGCUUUGGAGGCAGAACUCCUGCUCCUGAGGCAAAAGCACACCGAGCCGUCCCGUCUGAGAGCACUGUAUGAGCAGGAGGCCCGGUCCCUGAGAGCAGCUGUGGAUGAAGCCAGGGCAGAACAGCAGGCUAUCCUGGGCCAGAGGGAGCGGCUGGAGCAGACCCUGAGUGCCCUGCAGGGUCGAUAUGAAGAGGAAGUGCUGGGUCGUGAAGAAGCUGAGGGCAGGCUGAUGGAGGCUCGUCGUGAGGCCGACCAGGCUGCCUUAGCAAAGGCUGAGCUGGAGAAAAGUGUGGAAACUCUGCUGGAGGAGCUGGCCUUCCUCAAGAGGAUUCAUGAAAGCGAAGUGGCUGAACUUCAGGCCCAGGUCCAUCUGGGCGUCCAGGUGGCCGUGGAAUCCGAGGCCGCCACUCCAGACCUCUCUGGAGCCCUCAGGGAUAUCCGGUCCCAGUAUGAGAGGCUGGCAGCGAGGAACAUGCAGGCGGCUGAGGAGUGGUUCAGAGGGAAGGUGGGCUCCUUAACUGAAACUGUGGCCCAGCACAGCGACGCCGUGAGAAGCUCCAAGGACGAAGCAGGAGAGUAUAGACGCCAGCUACAAGCACGCCUACUGGAGAUCGAUGCCUGCAGAGGCCUCAAUGAAUCCCUGGAGAAACAGCUGCAUGAGAUGGAGGAGAAGCAGAGCACUGAAAUUGCUGCUAUGCAGGACACCAUUGGAGAGUUGGAGAAUGAGCUGAGGGGCACUAAACAGGAAAUGGCACGCUACCUGAAAGAGUAUCAGGACCUUCUGAAUGUCAAGAUGGCUCUGGACAUCGAGAUCGCCGCAUAUAGGAAGCUCUUAGAAGGGGAGGAGUCUCGCUUCAGCGUGGGGAUGGCUGGAGGCGUCUCCUCUCUGUACGGCCACAGUCUGUCGGCUCCCUCCUACACCCGACCCGUCCUCUCCAGCUUCAGCUCCGGCACCUCCUACCUAAUGACGUCUCGCCUGCUCAGCUCCAGCGUCAGCACCACCGAGGGAAUCAUCCCUGCUAGCCACGCCCAGCAAGCAGAAGCCAGUCCACCCAGGGAAGAGGAGGAGGAGGAGGAAGAGGCGGAGAAGGAGGUAGAGGAGGAGGAAGAGGCAGAGAAGGAAGAAGAGGGAGGUGAAGAGGCGGCAGAAGAGGAGAAAAAGGAGGAGGAAGAGGAAGGAAAGGAGGAGGAGGAAGAGGGAGGAGAGGAUGAGGGAGAGAAGGAAGAUGAAGAGGAAGCAAAGGAAGCAGAGGAGGAGACAAAGGAGGGAGAAGAGGGUGGUGAUGAGGAGGAACAAAAGGAAGAGGUAGCAGAGGCUGCCGAAGAUGGAGAGAAAGACGACAAAGGUGAAGGUGAAGAGAGUGAAGCCAAAGAAGAAGAGAGCGAAGCCAAAGAAGAGGAGAGUGAAGCCAAAGAAGAAGCACAAGAGGAGGACAAAACAGAAGGAGCAGAUGACAAAGACGAGGCAACGAAAGAAGAAGAAAAAGACGAGAAGGAAGAGCCUAAAAAGAGCGACGAGAAAGAAGACAAAGCUGAUGCCAAGAAAGAAGACAAAGCAGCCGAAGAGAAAGAUGUCAAAGCCGCUCCGAAAAAAGAGGACAAAGCCGACGCAAAAAAGGAGAAAGAGGAAGAAAAGGCAGCCAAACCUGACCCUGCAGGAGAAAAGAGCACAAAGGGUAAAAAGUAAGCUGGUUGGCCUCAGCAAAGUUUGGUCAAGACUGUCUGCAGCUCAAUAACCAGUAGAGGCAUCAGCGCUGUUCUCUCAAAUCUGCUUAUAAACAUGGUGCUCAAUACAACAGUCCAAUAGCCAUUUACAGCAACAAAUCAAGGUUAACUGCUUGCCAAUAUCCAGAGUAAUCCAUACAGGUUUGGCUGCACACUUCGUGGUGAGUGUUAAAUGUGUAAUUGCUGAAUGCUCUCGUGCGUGUGCGUUUUUGGUGGUUAAAUAAACGAUUCUCAAAGCCA